AUGUCGACCUUAAAGCAAAUAGGUCCUAUACGAAAGGCCUGGUAUCAGUGGAAGGCUCUCCGUUUACCGUGGAGAAAGCGCUUUCUCGUCGGCCUCGACCUUCAAGGCAAUACAUAUUGGGAAUUCCGGCUAGUCCGCGGCGAUCCCUCCGCCCCGGACUCCCGGUUCCGGCGCAUCGUCAAUUAUCCGCGGUCUACGCACUAUAGCGAAGUUAAAGUGCCACCCUCGUGGCAUCAAUGGCUUCGGUAUCAGCGCCAGCAGCCCCCAACUCUUGACGAGCAGGCCGGUGACGUCGUUCGCCAAGAGCGCAUUAAAGUCCUUGCCGCCGAGGCCGAUGCGCGCUGGGAAGCUAAGCCCAGCCUCGUUGGCGUACCGGGUCGCGAGAGAGGACAGCCGGUGCCCCCGCUCAACGCGGGUCAAACACAACCUCAGGAACACGCGGCUCGUGAAUCACCGACUCGGAAUGAACUCGACGAAGUAACACAACAAAAGGAUGACCCCUGGAAACGCGCACGGAGCAGUGGCCCUGGCGAAACUUGGCAACCAGAAGCAUGGAGUCCGACACCAGCGAAGAAACGGUGA